CGAACACCCAACCAACCACGCGCUCCGCCUCCAGCUCUCUCGUGUCCCGCUGCGCCCUGAGCGUCCCUAUCUGCGAAAACGAGCUCCCCGCCCCCUCCGAUCCGCCCUUCUGGGCUGAGGCACAAACACCACUGGACCUGAGAGCAGGAGGCUGAGCUACGUAUUGCCAGAGUGAGCUUAUUUUGCCAUCCACUAGUUCAGGAGGAUGUCCAGCACCCCAGUAGCUGUGGUGACCGGGGGCAACAAAGGGAUUGGAUUUGCUAUUGUGCGGGCUCUGUGUAAACAGUUCACUGGGGAUGUGUACCUGACAGCCCGCGACCCAGGACGGGGUCAGACUGCAGUGACAAAACUUCAGGAGGAGGGACUGAGCCCGCUUUUCCACCAGCUGGAUGUUGAUAAUCUGCAGAGUAUCCAGACUCUGCGGGACUUCCUGAAGGAGAAAUAUGGUGGGCUGAAUGUGCUGGUUAACAACGCAGGGAUUGCUUUCAAAGUUGCUGAUACCACUCCAUUUGCUACUCAAGCGGAGGUUACAAUGAGGACAAACUUUUUUGCAACAAGGGAUGUCUGCAUGGAGUUGCUACCUCUCAUAAAGCCUCAUGGCAGAGUAGUGAAUGUAUCUAGCAUGGUAAGCGUAUCAGCUCUGGCAAGAUGUAGCCAGGAUCUGCAGCGGAAGUUUCGUAGUGACACAAUCACUGCAGAGGAGCUAGUGAAACUCAUGACAAAGUUUGUGGAAGAUACCAAGAACGGAGUGCAUGAGAAGGAGGGCUGGCCAAAUACUGCUUACGGUGUAUCCAAAAUUGGAGUCACAGUCUUGUCCAGAAUCCAGGCCCGGAUGUUGAACGAGGAAAGGAAAGCUGAUCGAAUUCUUCUAAAUGCCUGUUGCCCUGGAUGGGUGAGAACCGACAUGGCAGGUCCCACUGCCACUAAAAGUCCAGAUGAGGGAGCCGAGACUCCAGUUUACUUAGCUCUUUUAGCCCCUGGUGCUGAUGGGCCUCAUGGGCAGUUCGUUAGUGAAAAGAAAGUGCAAAAGUGGUAAACUUGCCUUAACAAUCCUUUAUUUGUACAGUAAAUCCUCACUUAAAGUCAUCCUGG